AUGGCUAUCCUCGCGACCAUUGAGAAGCUCCUCCCAGCCAAGUCUCAAGUACCAGGGGGUUAUUUGACCUACUUGGCUGCCUCUUUCGCAAUUAUCAUUGCAGUAUACAAAAUAUCAACGUACGAUAAACGUCGCAAAAACUUGCCACCUGGCCCGAAAGGACUGCCAUUCAUUGGGAGUCUCCUUGACUUUGCAGACGCCAAUAAGCUUCCUGAAGUUUGCUUAGGAUGGGCGCAGAAGUAUGGCAAGAUCUCUUACGCCAAGAUCGGAGGCACCGAUUUCGUCUUCCUCAACACGCCUACCGUCGUGAAAGACCUUAUGGAUAAGCGUGGACAAAAGUACAGCGAUCGACCGCAUAUGCCCAUGGCAUUUGAUGCCGUUUCCAACCAAAAACGCCAAUUCUUCAUGCCAUACGGUGAUAUUUGGCGGAACGUGCGGAAAAUCAGCCACGCAGCUCUGAACCUCACGACCUCUUCUUCAUACAAAUCGGUGCAAGAUUUUGAGUCCAAGCAAGUGGUAUAUGACCUUCUGCACGCCAAGAAUGAUACCGACUUCUACGACAUCAACCGACGGUAUUCCAACAGCUUAAUCAUGCUGAUUACGUAUGGCCGUCGUGUAGCCACUAUGGAAGAUCCAGCCUUUCAGAAAAUUUUCAAAGUUCUUGAGCAUUUCACCGCGAUGGCUGAGCCCGGUGCCUGGUUGGUUGAUGCAUUCCCGUCCCUUGCGAAUCUACCAUCAUGGAUGGUGCAGAAUUGGUGGAAGAUUGGCCGGGAAUGGCACGCAGAAGACUCUGCAAUCUACCUCGGUUUCUAUCGCGAGCUAGUUGAGAAAGUAAAGAACGGCACUGCACCUGAUUGCUUUGUCCGGGACUUCUACGAGAGCAAUCCCGAGAAAAAUGGCGUCGAUGAGGAGGGUGCUGCAUACGCUGCGGGUACACUCGUAGAGGCUGGGAGUGAGUCUACUUCUACUGCCAUCAACAGCUGGCUCCUAGCAUGCUUGCUCUAUCCCGAAGUUGUCACGAAGGCACAAGAAGAGCUCGACCGCGUGGUCGGCCAGGAUAGAAUGCCUACUUUCGAAGAUGAAAAUCAUCUGCCUUAUAUCAGAGCCAUGGCCAAGGAAACUCUCCGCUGGCGACCGAUUACUAAGAUUGGUGUCAGUCACUCCACUACUGAAGACGACUGGUAUGAAGGGUACUUCAUCCCGAAGGGAUCAGUCGUCGUUCUCAACUGGUGGUCAAUCCACUUCGACGAGAAAUUCCACAAAGACGCUCAAGCUUUCAACCCCGACCGCUACGUCAACGACCCUCUGUCCACAGCCGAAUGUCUCAAUGCCGCUGACCCUAACGCUCGAGAUCAUUACACUUACGGAGCCGGCCGUCGUGUCUGCUCUGGUAUUCAUGUGGCCCAGAAUUCGCUUUUCAUCAAUAUGGCACGGACACUUUGGGCUUUCGACGUGAAAAAAGCCAAAGGCCCUGACGGUAGAGAAGUGACACCUCCAGGAACUAUGGAAGAUGGAUUUCUAUGCGUACCCAAGAAGUUCGCAUGUCACUUUGAGCCUAGAAGCCCAAAACACGCCAAGAUCGUGGAAGAAUCUUGGAUCGAGGCUGAGGAAGAAGGUUUGAGUUGGCUAAGGACCAAGCAUAGGCUGUAAGCUAUUCUAGAAGACAUGUUGCAUCAAUGCAUUCUGGGAGCUUUGACGUCAUGCUAUUUUGAGGCUAGUUUGUUAUCUAGUCCUAUUGAUGUUGGUCUCAUUCACAGGAAGAGAUAUAUGAUAGAGUAUCUGUUCGAGCGCUUUCACCAUUUGCCC